AUGGCCCACCGAGUUGAUGGACCUGCCCCCGGGUCGCUGGCGGCCAGGCACCUCGACCUCAGCAAUUUUACGGGCCAGACCUCCUCUGCCAUGCGGCAAUUAUCAACCUUCCCCGCUGUCCGCGAGCCGCAAUUCCGGGCCGCUGGGGCCAGACCAAACUUCCGCAGAGCCGUUAAUGCAGAAGCAGUCAUGGGCCAGGCAACUGGACUUAAAUACGACCCAAUGCACGCAUUGUGCGCGGGGCUAUGGGCCCUUUACCCUCCGGAGGAAGAAGGAGUGGAAGAAGAAGAGGAGGAAGAGGAAGAGGAAGAGGAAGAGGAGGCAGAGGAGGGGGACCGGGGGGAGUGGGCCGUUUAG